AAACGGCUAUAAGUCAUUUUUUAUAUAUAAUAUAAGCAAUAAAUACAUUGCUGAAAGUUAAAUAAGAAUAUAUUAGUUUUAAAAAGAAUUUGUUCUUUUAUUUAGUUUAUCUAAACAAAAUACCAAACUCUUUUUAAAUACCAAAAGAGAGUUGCCGAGUAUGGCUAGUUAUAGUGAUUUUGGAAUUUAAUUAAACAAGCUGCAUUUCUUAAUUAAAUGCCGCCUGUUGAGUGAAUAUUGAUUUAUUGGUCUGCUAAACCAAGGAAGGAUGCCCCGGAACACGGAGGCGGGCGCCGGAAGUGCAGCAACUGGCGGAUCCGGUGGUGUAGGCGGUGCCCCCGAACCCAGUUCCCCGGUUCAGAAGGUUUGGAAGCCGGAAUUGUACAAACUCCAGCUGGAGGCACCGGCUCCAUGUCCAUUGCGCUGCCAGCGAACUCUACCCCUUCCGCCUGCAAAAAGUACGGCAGAGGCUGUGGAGGCAAAUAAUUUGGCGGGGCGUCUAUAUGGCACAGAAUACCACGGACUCAUGGGUCACUUGGAGGCGGAGCAGCUGCUGGCUAACGCACGCGAUGGAAGCUACUUUGUCCGCCGGAGCCCCCAAUCCGAUGGCUACUACACACUGAGUCUGCGGUUCAACAAGCGCCCCAAGCACUUCAAACUACUCUACAAGCCCGGCGUGGGCCACUACCUGAGCGGUCAGGAGAAGCGCUUCGAUACGGUCCACGACAUGGUCGCCGACGGUAUGAUUAACUUCCAUAUGCAGCUCCACGCCAGUCCAAUCAUCCAGCAGAUCAACCAGCAAACUAGAAACUGCUAUCAACAGAGUCCCUACAUGACCUUAAAUGGACGGAAGCUCAGAGCUCUGUCCAAUGAGCUGGGCAAGGCCACGGCAGCCAAGGAAUCCCUGCCGGCCGAAGAAAAGGAAGAGCAGAAGAAGGAAGAGCCGCCACCACCAGCCUUAGAUCCCAUGCCGCUGGUUUACGAGAAACCGCAUCACUUUAAGGUGCACACAUUCAAAGGCCUCAAUUGGUGUGAGUUCUGCGCGAACUUCUUGUGGGGAUUUACAGCACAGGGCGUCAAGUGCGAGGCCUGCGGCUUUGUGGCGCACAGCAAGUGCUCCGAGCUAGUGCCGCCGAAGUGUGUGCCGGACUUGAAGCGCAUACGCGGCGUAUUUGGCACCGAUUUGACUACCAUGGUGCAACUGGAGCCGCUCCACCAAAUACCCUUUGUGGUGCGUCGCUGCGUUGAGGAAGUGGAAGCCAGGGGCAUGCUGCAGGAGGGUAUAUACCGGGUGUCCGGGUUCGCAGAUGAGAUCGAGACCCUUAAGCUGGCCCUAGAUCGGGAGGGUGAGAAGACGGACAUGUCGGAGACGGCCUACGGAAAUGUGAACGUAAUUGCUGGGACACUGAAGCUCUACCUACGCCUGCUUCCCGUGCCGCUCAUCACGUUCCAGGCGUAUCCCAGCUUCAUGGCAGCAGGACGUAGUGCCAAACAGACGGAGCAACGGCAGCUCAUGGCGGAAGCAGUACGUCGUCUGCCGCCCGCCCAUCACAGUUGCCUGCAGUAUAUGCUGGAGCACUUGAAACGGGUGGCCUCCCAUUAUGCCGUGAAUAAGAUGAACGAGCACAAUUUGGCCACCGUGUUUGCGCCCACGCUUAUUGCCACGCCCCAGCACAUGACGAACCUUACGGAGGAGAUAUUCAUGCUUUCUUCGCUCAUUACCCACUGCAAGACUAUAUUCGCCACAUCCUAAACAAGAACAGCCUUAAACCGAGCCCAAUGUGUCUCCCAAAGCCAAAACCUUAAGCUCUAAUCAGAGGGGCACAUCCACCCACGGAUCGGACCUCUCUUUCCAAACGGAUCUGUAACUUCACACUUGGCCAAGCAAAUACACAAGAGCAUUACUCGUAACUCGAUGAUUCCACCAAAAACGUAGCCUAAGAUCAAAUGUCUGCAUCGGUCAUUUCAAAUCGAUGGUUUUAUAUCUUUUUUAUGAACCCAAAAACAAAAAAAAAAAAAAAAACAAAAAUCCAGUAGAACACAUUGAAUGUUGUAGGAGUACGAAUUUAACGAUUUUUCGAAAUAUUUUUAGGUGAAGUAUUUUAUGUCACAAUAAAGAUAUUUAUUUUAUUUUUACAAGUA